UUAGCUGGUGAUAUGUCACAAAGUUCCAAACCAGCUCCACCAGCUCAGACGUUGUGGUAUAUCAGUAUAUCUCAAUGUUUAGUUGGUGGCAUAUCACAGUGUUGAAAGUCUGAUAUUGCAGAGCCCUACUUGAGAAUUACAGCUGAACCUUCGGUUGUGGUUUAUCUCCCCCAGACAAACCGAGAUGUGAGACCUGGGUUUGGGGAUAACAUCUCAGCAGCCAAGACAGAGGUGCCACCAGCUGCUCUAUAGAGAAAGGGAAGUGAGCUCAAAACAGCUGACUUCCUGCUGAUUUGCAGCUUCGGUGCUAAAUGCUUUGCUCAAACCUUCCACAAAUUUGGUUGGGGGUGGGCAGUGUUAGUGAGCUGCCACUGUGCAGAAGUGUGCAGGGCCAGAAGGAACAUUUUGGCAGCAACAGCAGAGGUUAUCAGCUGGGUUAUCAAGACAGAACGCCUGCUCUGUGGAAGGCUGUUUAAUGCUUUGUGCAGACUCACCAGACCAGUGUUUCUUAAUCUCUGGUUUCCCCAGCUUUUGUUGGACUACAACUCCCAUCUUCCCUGACCACUGGUGUAGCGAAGUUGGGAAAUUUUGGAGAAAACGCCGGCCUGGUUGAGGUGUUCCGCCGCGAACGCAACCAUGACAAGUCACCCCUUGGUAGAAACCCACAGUUUCUCCUCAAAAGAAGCGCAGCAGCUGCUCCACAACAAGUUUGUUGUGAUCAUGGGCGAUUCCAUUUACCGAUCGAUAUACAAAGACCUGAUCGUCAUCCUGCAGGCCGACAAGCAUCUCACUGUUGAUCAGCUGAAGAAAAAGGGAGAGCCGUCUUUUGAGAACGAUAAACUGGUGAAAUAUAGUGGGGUAGGCUGCGGGAACAGAUACCAGGAGGUGCGCGAGUUCCGCUCGGAUCACCACCUGGUGCGAUGCUACUUCAUUCCCCGUGUUUAUUCGGACUACAUGGAAGACAUCUUGGACGACCUCCAAAGAGAGCCGAAACCGGACGUGGUCAUCUUCAAUUCCUGCCUCUGGGACCUCAACAGGUACCAAGAGAAGGUCUCCAGGGAGCUUCGGCUGCCGAAAGCCAUCAGGCAGUACAGGCUUAACCUGGAAAAGCUCUUUGAGAGGCUGGAUCAGGUCCUUCCUCAGAACUGCCUUGCCAUCUGGAACACGGCUCUCCCUAUACGGAAAGAGCCUUCAGGAGCCCUCUACAAAGAGAUGGAGCGAGACUACUGCUCAGCUGAGGAUGUAGAAAAAGCGACUCCUGUGGACGUGAUUGAAGCCAACUUCUAUGGCGCCAUCCUCGCCCGCAGCUACGGGUUCGACGUCCUGGAUCUUCAUUUCUUCUUCCGCUUUGUGGACCAUCUCCGCAUUGAAGACGGGGUACACUGGAACUUCUUGGCGCACCGGUUUAUUACCAGAUACCUGCUGACCUACAUUGCUGAUUCCUGGGGAGUCGAGCUUGAGAAGAGGAAGUCCGGCACAGGGAUUGGUUGGAACGGGACUGCAACACAUCAGCCAGCUUCCCCUCAGCUGCCCUCCACACCCCCGUUGUUCCGUGACUUCUUCUCAGCUGGUGACGCUGCUAUCAGGCAGCUCCGUGUGGACAGAGAAGCCCCUGACAGCUAUGGCGCUCCCUAUGGCAACAGACCUGUGGCUGGAUUCGAAUACAAUCCCCAGGAUCCCUCGGCCCAGCAUGGCUGGCUCCUUCCUGCCCACCCGCCGUUUGAGCACCACAGCAAUCCGUACGACGGGCCAGGGGGCGGAUUGGACUGUCACGACUGUCCACCCGACGAUGGACAGCUCACUCCUGACCUUCAGUUCAAUGACCAUCGAAAUGGUUCCUUCAGCCACAGGGGUGGGAUGUGGAACGGCCCCUUUUCCCCAGAAACACCCCCCAACGGCUCCCCUAUUCCCACAACGGCCGGGCGCUCCAGGCGAGCCAGACGAAGGCGGCGCUCCGAGUUCAUACAGUACCGCCCCCACGAGCAACGCGAAAGAGCCCACCCCUACGAAAGGCCGUGGCGGGGGCGCGGCAGAAACUCUUGGCGUCGCCCCCAAAGGUCAAGAUACGUCUGGUGACGCCCCUCUCGCUCUUAGCAGGGGCUCCGACAGCCUUGAAUGUUCUUCUCUUGCAGGCACCAGCCCAACAUAUCAGGACUGGGGAUGGGUGUGUGUAUGUGUUUUUUUGGGGGGGGGUUGCCUGUGGGUGUCAAGGGCUUCUGUGCACAUAGUGGAAGGACUCGUCACUUGAUCUCCAGCCUGCUAUUGGACACCCUUUGGUCACAUGCUCGCAAGUGGGGGUCAGAUCGCCUUUCUGAACCUGAGGUUGCCCCCCACCCAGUCCGGACGCUUCUACUUUUUCACCUCGACUGCCCGUCCCGUGGAAGAAGGGUGUAUUCGCAACCAGCUCUGAAAAGCAAGCUCAGUAGUCCAAUCUCGGACACACACCAGGCUUUCGAAGCGCAUUCAGCCCACGUUUUAAAACUCCCCCUCCCAAAGACCCGUGGGAACUGUAGUUCCCCCGCUGACAGACCUACAGGGUGCUUAAACUACAGUUCCCAGAAUGUUUUGGGGGAAGUCAUGUGCUUCAGAGGUGCGUAGUGGAUCUGCCCCUAGUCGUGGGAUGCAGGUGAUCUAUUGCUUUGUUGAUAUCGGCACAAACCGCCUGGGUUGUUUUGGCCAGGAUUUUUAAAUUCCCCAUGAAAUUCAUUCCGUCCCGCCCAGGGCGGUAGCGAGGCUGGUUGGAAAGUCUUCUUUCCCAAAGCCCCCUGCUAUCUCCCCCCCCCCCCCCCGUGGAAGGUGGGACAGACUGCCUUUGAAGCAGUGGGGAGUGGGAGCCAAAUGUGGCCCUCUGCACGUUCCUAUCAGGCCCUCUGGACUUUCCCCAGGGAGUUGAGUUUGGGCUGUACUCCCAUCUAUCUUUGAGAACGUGGCUGUUAAUGGGCAUUUUCAUUCAGCAAGCACAGGAAGCCCAUUUUCACAUUGCACCCGUAGGGUGGGCAGGUGGGUGGGUAGGCAGACACUGGGUUUGGGGGGGGGCAAAAUGCGCCACCUCUUUGCAUUUUCCAACCUGCGACGCACAUGCCCAGGUGAGCCCCACUUGCCGAUCCACAAAGGAAGGACUUUUACUAGAAGUAUCUUCAUUUCCCCUCCCAGCACAGUUGACUCCGCUUCUUCUUCUACGUGGGAACGUGACUGUAUACAGAAAAUAGUCUUUUGCACUAGGGUCUCGGGAGCAUGGCCUAGUGGGCAGGUCUCCUGCAUAAGCCCCACUAAGAUAGACUGAAGCUAUGCAAGAACUCGCUCCAGAGACCUUCCCACGGGGUCAGGCAAGCUGCCCGAAAUGACUCUUGAGGAGAGAGCUUUUUCAGUCUGAAUGUAUAAUGUUUUUUAAAAGCCUCAAGGUGAGGCAGUGUGUGUUUGUGUAUGGGGAAUCCUUAUCUCCUAACCCAGCUGGGGUCUGUUGGAGUGAAAUGUAUUACCUGAAAGAACACGUUUUUGAGGAGAAAAAGCUGUUUCGCAAAGACAGCAUUUUCCUCUCUGAAUGGAAAUAAUAAAAGUGUGGUUGGUAA